AACUAAUCUAGGUUUAUAUCUCCAAUUUCAACCCCUCCAGAUCUUCAUUUCGCUGUUAUUUUUCGUUGCGUCUCAUUUCUACUUCUUUUACGAUCUACACCAAGAGUUUAAAAUAUGACAGCAGGAAAGAUUGUUGGUGCUCUUGCAGGAGCAUUUGUGCUUGCAUUCGGUUGUGACUAUAUUAUUGCUGACAAAAAGAUUUUCGGAGGUACUACGCCAUCUACGGUUUCAAACAAGGCAUGGUGGGAAGAGACUGACAAGAAGUUCCAGGCAUGGCCUCGCACUGCUGGACCACCUGUGGUCAUGAACCCAAUCAGUCGUCAAAAUUUCAUUGUCAAGUCUCAGGCCGAAUCUUGAACAUAUCAAGCUGCAGUCUUUAAAAUGCCCACAUAAGGUGCUGGUUUGCUUUUCUUUUUUAUUGUUGCUGUUAAAGGAGUAAUUUUGUGCUGCAACUUUAAGUCAAAACUCCAUAAAAUCUUGCAUUGUAUGAUCAGAUGAUCAAAUUCUAUCUGGAUUCUACUUUACUGUUUAUUAGUACUUUAUCAAUGCCAAAUAAAAAUUUCAGUUGGUUUUUACCAGCAAAAAGUUUCUUUUA